CACCAUCCCGAGGCCUCUGGAAUCUCUGCCAGGCUCUGGGUCUGCCGGGACAAGGAUCAGGUGGGAUCUGCUGGGUCGUGGGGAGCUCAGGUGGCACCACCUGCAGCAGCUGCCCCGGAGCUCUCACCUGCCUGUCCUGCCCCAGGUGUUCCGGCUGGAGGACUCGUGCUGCCUCUUCACCCUGCAGGGCCACUCAGGAGCCAUCACAGCCGUGUACAUGGACCAGACCAUGGUGCUGGCGAGUGGUGGCCAGGACGGGGCCAUCUGCCUGUGGGACGUGCUGACGGGCAGCCGGGUGAGCCACAUGUUCGCCCACCGCGGGGACGUCACCUCCCUGACCUGCACCACGUCCUGCGUCAUCAGCAGCGGCCUGGACGACGUCAUCAGCAUCUGGGACCGCAGCUCGGGCACCAAACUGUACUCCAUCCAGCAGGAGCUGGGCUGUGGCGCCAGCCUGGGCAUCAUCUCCGACAACGUGCUGGUGACGGGGGGCCAGGGCUGCGUGUCCUUCUGGGACAUCGGCUACGGGGACCUGCUGCAGACCGUGUACCUGGGCAAGAGCAACGAGGCGCAGCCGGCGCGGCAGAUCCUGGUGCUGGACAACGCCGCCAUCGUCUGCAACUUCGGCAGCGAGCUCAGCCUGCUCUACGUGCCCUCGGUGCUCGAGAAGUUGGACUGAGCAGGAGCAGGGCCAGGCGGGACCGAGGGGGGCUCGGCCCGAGGGGACGGGACAGCGGCUCCAUCGCUCCAGCUGUGCCUCAGGCACCUUCCCACCCCGGACACCCGGCAGGGCCCCACCAUCCUGCUCCUCUCCCUGUUCCAGCACCUUCCCUGUGGUCCCGGGGGCUCCCGGGCAGUGGGAUGGUGCAGAGGGACACAGGGGGGGCACGGGGCAGGAGGGGGGAGGCAGUGACAGAGGCUCCCAGCACUGACCUGCCCAGGGCACGGAACAGCCCCUGGAGAGCCCUGGGGGCAGCGGGGAGAGGGCCGGGACAAACCCCCCGGGUAUGGCUCGGCCCCCACGUGCCUUAGGGCGUGGCAGGGCCCCAAGCCCCGCCCUGGCCACAGCAGCCCCGCCCUAUUUAUUUAUAUGCUGUAAAUAGUUAGUUAUUAUUUAUUGGGGCAGGGGGGCGCGGGGGGCCAGCACCCCCCUCACCCUGGCACAGCCGCCCUGCCCGGCCCCUCCUGCGCCCCAUUUGCAGCAACAGCACCUUCCUCCUCCUCCUCCUCCUCCCACUGCGGGGCCAGAGGAGGCUUUUCUCAGGUUGGGAGGGCCGGGAGCCUCGCCCACCCUCCUGCAGGUGCUGGGGAGGGACCCCUGGGCAGGGGGGGCACCCGAGGGACCCCCGAGUGGGACCAACCACGGGCAGGCACCGCCCCGGGCACAGAGCUGCCCCCAGAGCCCCCCACCCACCACGGGCUGAGGGCUGCGCUCCCCUGCCCCACUGCACUACAGGCCCCGCCGCAGCCCCUCCCCAGGCCGGGGGUCCUCACCUGUCCUGCUGUGCCCCCCAACGCCGAUGACGCCUAUUCUUGACCCCCGGUGAUUGUAGAGGCGGUGCCGGCCCAGCCCCGGGGGCCCUGCAGCCCCGGCGGGCCCCCCAGGCCGGCCCCCGCGGGUGGCCUUCGCCCAGCUGUACCUUUGUGCUGUACAGGGGACGCUUUUUGUACCGACCGUGUUUUAUAACGUGUGCGAGAACGCCCAUUAAACGGAACUAACCCGAGCCUG